CCGACGCGGGAAAAUUUGUAAACAACACAGCGUUUCCGCUCUCGUUCUGAGAGCAGCAGUAUGCUACAAACAUAAUGCAUAUUAUCUCUGCUGACAUCGUAGAGAUAAUUUGAAAAGACUUAAUUUGACGCAAUGUUAUAGUUAAAAGCAUCAACUUAUUCUCUAAGUUCUGAAGAAUGGAAUCAGUAACGCUAGCUAGCUUUCGUAUGACAAACUGAAAGUUUGUGCAAUAUAAUUGUAAAAUCAAAGCUUUGAAGUGAUCAGGUUGGUGGAGUAACUUGUCAAACUUGUAACUACUAUGGAUCGCUACAACGAGGUGAAACUUCUCUUGAAAGGUUGGGAGCAGGGGUUCCUCAACCAGCACCAGAGGAAACCUAACAAGGAGGACAUUGAUCAGGCUCCAGAGGAGACAAGGAAGUUAUAUAAAGAGUACCGCAGUCUGAAACAAGCAAAAGAGAACAGCAGCACUGAUGUAACCAGGGAUCAGAGUCAAGCUUCAGUCACAGCUGAGCUUAACAAAACCCAGAAGGAGUCCGAUUGUUGGGGUGCACAUCUGAAUCGCAAAGCAAUGCCAGUGCCAUCUCCCAGACUGACUUCCCAGGAGAGAGACAGUCUGACGGCUUCUUCCCAAUAUUAUGGGCUUAAGCUAAAAAACAACCUGGCUGCACUUAGUAAGGAGAGACCAGCGUCACUGAAGAAAUCAUGCCUUUCUGGUCGAGUACCUCUGAAGUUUUCAAGAGAUGGACAAACUUUGCAAACCAACACUUCCAGUUCUGCUGCAGCUACCGCCACGACCAGAACUGCUGACCAAGAAUCCAGCCUCUUUUCUCCAAGAAUGAAGCUGCAUCUGGGGUCUCUGUCUUCAAAGACACAUCAUUCAGAGGAGCCUGAAGAGCAAUUUGAAUCAUUUGAACCUAAACCUGCAGAUGGGAGUUGCAGCAACAGUAGUUAUAGCUGUAAUAGUAAUAGUAAAGACAUUAGCUCUCUGUCCAGUCACACCUUAUUAGAUAAUUCUCCAACCAGACCCUCUGCCCUGUUGUUAUCUUUAUCUCCUCAGCGUAUGGUCGGGACUUUGAACAAAGAUGUUAGGGCAGCAAAAAAGUUGGAUGAAAGUGCGGGGUCUUUAGAAGAAAGAAAGGAAAAUUCUGACACAUCAGAAACUCCACUUAGGAGUAUUGAGUCUGAAACUUUUGUUGGCUUCAAAGGUAGACCCGUGCCUCCUGGAGGAUUCAGAGAGGGAAUAGCAGGGCGACCCUCUCCUGCCAGCAGGCUGAGCUGUGUUGACAGGAAGUGGCUAGAAAGGUGUCAGGUGUUUGGAGAAAUGGGAGCUGAGGAGAAGCCUGCAGCUGGCAACCAUGAAGUAAAAGUGAAGCAAAAGGGGGAGAAAGAAAAAGAAGAAGUUGAAGGAGAUAAAAGAGCAGAGGAGAAGGGAAAAUAUGUAGAGGGAGAAAGAGAAGAGUCGUGUGGUUUAGGAAGAAAGGAAGCGGUUGCAAAUACCACAAGGGAUAAAAUAAAUGAAAGUCCUCAACAGUUUGCAGGGAAACUGAGACAUAAAAAGGAAGGAGAUUGUGAGGAGAUGGAAAGAGGUCCACUUGUCACACCAAAGGAUGAUGAUGAGAGUAAUCCAAAAUCCAGUGGUACAAAGAAGAGGGGGCGGAAGAGGCAGAGAGAGGGGGGUGACACAGAGGGCCAUACUGCAACAGAAGGAGGGGUUAAAAAGAGGCAACGGAAAGGUAAAAAACAAGACGAAAUCACUGCUGUAGAUAUCAGUUCAGCUGAUGGAGGAGGAGAGAAGAAAAAGAGAACCAAGAAACAAGGAGAUGAUAAAGUGGGUGAAGAGGAAAAAGAACCCAAGGUAAUGAAAAAGGUUCUGCAAGAGAACCUGUUAGGAGAAAUAGAUGAGGAAUUUGGAUCUACCAGGAUGAAUCGGAUACAGCCUCACAAAGCAAGAGUAACAAAAUGUGCAGAGGGUAACUUUGUGAAGAUUAAUCUGAAGAAGAAAUCUCACGUCAAAGGAUAUGCUCUUAGAGGUGUUGGUUUACGUAAGCAGUUGUAUAUGCAGAAGUUCCAGCUGAAAGGAGAACGCUUUGGUGGGGGUGGUGGAUAUUUUGGUAGGGGACGGAGGGGUGGCUUCAGAGGGGGUCUCAGUCGUCAAGGUGACACCUGCUACAAGUGUAGGGGGACUGGACACUGGGCCAUUGACUGCAAAGGACGAGUUCCUCCACCUCCCGUUCCUGAGGAUGAGACUCCUGAAGAGGAACCAUUUGAACUACCCACCCUGGAAGAUGUUGCCAGGGCAACAGGAACGCUGCGACCAGAGCUUCUGGUAACUUCCAGCGUCAGCGAGGAGAAAUGCCAACAGGAAAAUGAAUUGGACACCAACCAUAAAGAUGAGAUGUUGCUGAACGUGAUUCGUCCUGACUAUGAACGCCCUGCUCCUCCACCACCCAUGGAGCCACUUUAUCCUCUCACAGAUGAUGGGAAAGUCCAGGAAACACCCAAUGAAGUCUAUGCUGCUCUAAGAGACCUUGGCUACGACUCGUUUAGACCAGGACAGGAGGAAGCCAUCAUGAGGAUCCUGUCAGGUCUCUCCACUCUCGUAGUGUUGUCAACAGGAAUGGGUAAAUCGUUGUGUUAUCAGCUCCCAGCUUAUCUUUAUGCUCAACGAACAAAAUGCAUCACUUUGGUUAUUUCACCUUUAGUUUCUCUAAUGGACGACCAGCUUUCUGGUGUGCCAGCCAAGCUGAAGGCUGCCUGUAUACACUCUAACAUGACAAUGAAGCAGAGAGAAGCUGCAAUAGAAAAGGUGAAGGCCGGCCAGGUUUGUGUGUUGCUCCUCUCUCCAGAGGCUUUGGUGGGUGGAGGAGGCUCGGGUGCGGGAUGUCUACCUUCUGCUCAGGAGCUGCCUCCUGUGGCUUUUGCUUGUAUAGAUGAAGCACAUUGUGUGUCAGAGUGGUCACAUAACUUCCGACCUUGCUACCUAAGACUCUGUAAGGUAUUGCGGGAGCGUCUUGGAGUGCAGUGCUUGCUAGGACUCACAGCUACUGCCACAUUGUCCACGGCCCUGGACAUCGCUCACCAUCUAGAUAUCAGUGAUCAAGACGGGAUUGCUGUGAGAUCUGCAGCCGUGCCUCCAAACCUGAAUCUGUCUGUGUCCACGGAUAAAGAAAAAGAUGAGGCUUUAGUGUCCUUGUUAAAAGGUGAUCGCUUUGGUUGUCUGGACUCCAUCAUUGUCUACUGCACCAGACGAGAGGAGACUGUUCGUGUGGCAGCUCUGCUCCGGACCUGCUUGCAGAGGGUGCUGGUGAAAGAAAACAACCAAAUCACUAGUGACAAGACACAGAACAACCCUGUUGGACAGAAAAAGAAAGAACUUGCCCGAAAGAAGAUUCGUAAACCCCUGAAAUGGCAGGCGGAGUCUUACCACGCUGGGUUGUCGGGGUCGGAGCGACGGCGUGUCCAGAACAACUUCAUGUGUGGGGAGCUCAGGAUUGUGGUAGCCACUGUGGCGUUUGGCAUGGGUCUGGAUAAAUCUGAUGUUCGUGGUAUCAUUCACUACAACAUGCCAAAGAGCUUUGAGAGCUAUGUUCAGGAAAUUGGGAGGGCAGGGAGAGAUGGAGAACCAGCCCACUGCCACCUCUUCCUGGACCCGGAGGGUGGGGACCUCCAUGAGCUCCGCCGGCAUAUCUAUGCUGACACUGUGGACUACUACACAAUCAAAAGACUGGUGCAGAAGGUUUUCCCUGGAUGCAAAUGUAAAAAGAUACACCAGAAGCAACAUGAACUCUGGAAGGAGGUUGAAGACUCUGAGCUGUUGGAGAUGAUGGACAUGUGUGAUCAUGAAAGUAAGCUCAACCAAUCAAUGCAUCAAGAAGAUGCACAUGCAGACAAACCAGAACCUGCUGCUGCACAGGUGACUGAAGAGAUUUCAGACGGCAAGUCAGCUGAGCGGUCACUCGUAGGAAAAGACAAGAAACAGGAGGAUGAGAUUAGAGAGAACCCAACAGAUCAAGACAAAGGAUCUGAUUGGUUGGGAGACCACAAAGUUGAAAGCGGUAAUUGGCCCAAGGAGCGGGUGUGCCACACUCACGAAAGAGCGAUUCCCAUCCAAGAGACGGUCGAAGCUCUGGACAUCACAGAGGAAGGUGUGGAAACGCUGCUCUGCUAUCUGGAGCUCCAUCCGCAGCGAUUUGUUGAGCUUCUCCACCCGACUCUGUCUGUGUGUAAAGUCAGCUGUUACGAUGGACCAAGACAACUCCAGAAAAUCACUAAAAUCUGCCCCCCGAUUGCUGUGGUGUUGGCCAGGAGGAGGAUGGCCGGCGAACGAGUGGAGAGGUGUGAUCAGCUGGAGUUUGAUGUUGUGGAGGUGGCCGACACUAUGGGAUGGCAGCUUCCCCUCGUGAAGAGAGGACUCAGACAGCUGCAGUGGAGCACUGACAGAGCUGGUGGGCGAAGUGGUGUCCUUGUUGAAUUCUCCUCCCCUUCUUUCUACUUUCGUUCCUAUGGCGACCUUAGUGAUGAGGAGAUGGACAGGGUUUGCCAGUUUCUCCAUAAUCGAGUGCAGGCCCAAGAGAGAGCACAGCUGUACCAGCUUACUUCUUGUUUUAAAGCCUUCAAGAGUGUUGCCUUCCGAAGCGUUUCGUCUUGUCUAGAUAAUUUGGACGAGAGUCGCAGUUUGCAGCUGAAAAAGCUCCUCUCUGACUAUUUUGAUAAGAGGCGUGACAGAGACCACACACUUCAGCCAGUGGAGCUCGAGGAACUUGACAAAUAUAAGCUGCUGGACUGGGAGAAUCAGAUCCGAGCCGAUAUCAGAAGUUUUCUUGCCAUCCGAAGUGAUGAGAAGUUUUCUGGCAGAGCUGUUGCUAGAAUCUUUCAUGGCAUUGGCAGUCCUUGUUAUCCUGCUCAAACUUACGGCAAAGACAGACGUUACUGGAGGAAAUACAUCCAGUUUGACUUUAACCAACUCAUCAGACUGGCCACUCAGGAAAUAAUCCGCUUCAAGUGAUGGAUCAAACCCACAGACCGUGAAGUUCACGUCAGCGAAUGUACACAUGCAAACCACAUGUGCAUUCUCAUACUCAUUCACACAGACAAUUCUUCCACAAAAGUGUGUUUUUAAUGUUUUUAUUUAAUUUUGUUUUAUACAUUUGUUGAAUAA